UUGACAAAGAGAAAGAGAUAGAUGAAGUUUUUAAUUUCCUUUUUUUUUUAAUCACAAUCGAAGGAUUACAUGCUAGGUAACUAGUCUAACUACUAUAAAUAGAACUAGUUGUGACUGGAACAAAAUAAUAAGAAGUGCAACAAAAAAAAAAAAAAAAAAAAAAAAAAAAAACGUAGUAUUAAGUUUUAAGAUUAAGUGUAGAAAAAAUGGUGAGUGUCUCGUCUAACCUGCUGAUUGCUCCCGUUGUUUUAGCAAUGUUAUUCUUGCUCGGUACUACAACUGCUACAAUGGUUGAAAAGAUGCCAACAACUACUUCCAAAGAAAUGAUACCUGUGAUGGUAAUCAAAGAAGUGGUAAUAGUAGAACAGCCGAAAAUCGAUUAUAUCGGAAGCCGGAAAAUGAAUAUGAUGAUUAUGCAACCACAUACUCGUGUGUUGGAUGCUAAAAAUACAAAGCAAGUCACAACCAGUAACACCGGCCAAGUUAUGAAGUGUUCAAAAAUAGGCGAACAAUGUAGUUUUUUACUAUUCUGUUGUGCAGGUACCAGUUGUGUUUCAAAUUCAUUUUGGGAUAAGCCGGUUUGUAAGAAGGUUUAAAUUUGUUCCGUACUUCGUAUAUCAUUAAGAACCUCUCAGAUGCCUCAGCUUGUACACUUGCCGAGCUAUUUCUUGCCUUUGUUGUUUUUAAUGUAUGUACUAUGUCAUCAGCUACUACCUAGCUUUCUAAGCUAUUAAGCUAUGUGUAUUAUGCUUUUGUUUUUGUUUAAUCAUGAUCAUGAAUAAUGUAUUUCUAUUUUAUGAUGGACCCUAAUAAAUUGUACUGUGUGUGAUUUUCA